ACACGAACACACUGACCGAACAUGUUCAGCAAGUAUGGUCACGACCUUGCUAGCUUGCAGUUUGAGCUAAUUUAGCACACCCGGAAGACGCAGCCACACACACCCAGAGAAACAUGGAUGUAGACUAAACUGGCAAGCAAAAACAAGAAAAUAUGCAGCUAGCUAACUAACUCUAAGCAUUGAUCCGGCAGCGCUUGUAUUUGGUAGGCUACUAAAUUGUUAAACAGGGGUUUAGAGUUUCAGAUUAUGACUUAGUGGCAAAUCUGAAAUAGUCAGUUCGCAACUAAACUUUUAACAAAGUAACGGCUAGCUAAUCAUAGCCGGGACAGCUGUACCGCUAUGUAAAGACUUCAGUGUAAUGUGACUGAUUAGCUAUCUAGCUUAGCCCGCUUGAUAUUGAUAGCUAGCUAGAGAAGACAGCUAAGAAGCAAUGGCUCUCUUUCGGAAACAGGUUGGCGUACGGUUUUUAACUAAGAAACAACUUACAAACUUUUUUAUAACUUUCUAAAAAGCAAACGCGUACUAAACGCAAGCAAAACUUACUUCGUUUAAAUGAUUUUAGUGAACUUAGCUAGUCUGUAAACUAUUUAUCCACCAAGUGAGAAGUACACUCAAGUCUCUUGCCAAGUUAGUGUGUUAGCUAGCUAGCUAUGACAAAUUGAAUUUUAUUAGACUAACAUAUUUGCGGUUUUGGCAGGAAUAUUUGCUCGAUCGCUUGUUACCUAGACGGUUCAUGUUAGUAGUUUUGCUAUUUAAGGUUAUUCUUGUAGCCUAUGGUAAAAUCUUCAGUAAACUUUUCAGUUAAGCUCGUGAAUACUCGUUUUAAAGCCACGUAGCUAUAAUGGGCGACUCGACUCUUAAUUUCUCUUUACUGCACAGAACGUGCAGUUUAGUCGUGAUUUUGUGCAUUGUCCACCUUUCGGUUACCUUAUUUUAUUAUUUAAGGACUUUAGAUCUUCGCCUUUCAUUCGUGCAAAACCAACAAAUGCAAGUACUGUCGGAUAUAAAAAAUUCCACGAUAUCACUUGAAGUUAUCAUUCCCAAGGCAACGAGCAGUGCUUUAAAAAACGCCAAUAAUUUUGUAUUGAAUGUCACGGAGAAGGCCAAAGUACUGGAGAAAUGUCCGGACCCAUCACCGAUCCUUGUGGGCCCGUUGCGGGUGGAGUUCGGCAGCUCGGUCAGCCUGGAUGUGGUGCGGAGGGAGAACCCCCGGCUGAGCAGCGGGGGGCGGUACAAGCCGGACGGCUGCGUGGCGCUGCAGAAGGUGGCCAUGAUCAUCCCCUUCCGGCACCGGGAAGAGCACCUCAAAUACUGGCUAUACUACCUGCACCCCAUCCUGCAGCGGCAGCAGCUGGACUACGGGGUCUACGUGAUCAACCAGCAUGGGGACGAAACCUUUAACAGAGCCAAGCUCCUGAACGUCGGCUACGCAGAGGCCCUGAAGGAGUACGACUACGACUGCUUCGUGUUCAGCGACGUGGACCUCAUCCCCAUGGACGACCGCAACACCUACAAGUGCUACAGCCAGCCCCGCCACCUGUCUGUGUCUAUGGACAAAUUCGGCUUCAAGCUGCCCUACCUGCAGUAUUUCGGGGGGGUUUCCUCUAUGUCCAAGGAGCAGUACCUGAAAAUCAACGGCUUCCCCAACAACUACUGGGGCUGGGGCGGGGAGGACGAUGACAUCUUCAACAGGCUGAGCGCCAGGGGCAUGUCCAUCUCGCGGCCGAGCGCCGAGAUCGGGAAGUGCAGAAUGAUCCGGCACAACCGGGACGCCAAGAACGAGGCCAACCCGCAGAGGUUUAACCGGAUUGCGCACACCCGGCAGACCAUGGACCGCGACGGCAUCAACUCGCUGAAGUACGAAGUGGUGAACAUAGAGAAGGACCAGCUCUUCACCAAAAUAACCGUGGACGUGGGCCGGCCCGAGAGGUAGCCCCCCCGCCACGAAACCAGGGCUUCUCUCACCUUACUGUUUCUUUCUCAUCUUAUUUUUAAAAAAUCUAUUUAAAAAAAUAAAAAAUUAAAAUUUUUUAAAAUCAUGAAUGCCAAAACCAAACCUGCAGUGGCUGCUGUGGGUCCCGGGGCGGGCGGGAGGGUCCAGCGGCCUCUCCACAGCGAUUGCACAGCCGACGGUGAAUUGUAUGCGUUUUAAAGUUUUUAAAAAUGUUAAAUGUGUGUUCCUGUGGGUGAAACGUGCCUUGGGGGUCUGUUAAUAUCAGCGAGAGGAGGAUCUGUCAUCGGACUGGCUGCACAAAGCAUUCGGAUAAGCCGGAGGACUUCAUUGUUAUUUUGUUUUUGUUUUCCAAAUGUGAACAUGUUGCUGUUCCUGGAAGAUGUUUUCCUUUUUAAAGCCAUCGGUCUGAAGCGGACGUGUGUUCAGACCGGCGCUGCGAGGCGGCGUCCUCUGCAGCGGGAAGCUCACCGAAGCGCAGCGGCCGCUUGCGGCUCCUUCUGUCUCUUUAUAGCGCUCUCUGCGCUCGCAGUUUAAAGGAGGUUACUGCGCUGCUGGAGACAUGCUUGUGCGGUUGAGUUAUGUACGGAUUGUCCUUUUAUUAAGUCUGGUCACAGCCACACCGGCCUGAAUCACGGAAGAUAAACCAGCCCUGCGUCUGUUUUACUGUGUUUGUACAGCAGCCAAAACGCCUUUUUUUACAAUCUUUUUACGAACCUGAUUUUACUGUCUGUCACACGGUGGGAUUACAGCCUCAUCCUCACUCGCUGUACCGAACACUUCCUGCCAAGAUGGCCGACCCAAAGAUCUGAAACCUCCUCUCACUCAGGCACACCGCUCCCAAAGACACGUCCCUUCUCCAAAAACCUGCUGUCCUCUGGAGCUCCGCUCGCCUGCAUGGGCCUUCAGGUCACCCUGCUGCAGCAGAGCCAGACGGGGGACAUUGAAUGUCACUGAUUGGCUGUUUACUCGUGAGUGAAAGAUCUCAUUGGUCCUUCUGCUUCAGUCUGGUGACGCAGAAGAACGAGAGAGAAUGCAAGCUAAGCUGUGUUGUGGGAUUUCGGUCUGUCUGGCAGUGUAGGGUUUGGUUAUAAUUUGUGUCAGGGGUCCCACUGUAUUAAACUUAAGGGGGGGACACAAGCUGCUGGGCACUGAUGCAUGCUGGGAUACCGGAUUUCUGCCACGACAGACUGAGAUUAACCAGAGCCAAAUCAAACUUGAGUUGCUGUUUCGGGGAUGCUUGUGUAAAUGAGAGGCUUGAUAAUUUCCUGAAAUUUUUUAAAAGUAUUUUUGUUAUUUUCUCGUCGUCUCAAGCUUGUAAGCCUGUGCUCUGGGUCCACAGCAUAUGGAAAAAGAAAGAAACUUGAACUGAUUUAUAUAUAAAUAUAAGUAAUAUAAAAUG